CGCCUCGUCACUUCACUUCAACGACCGCUACCCGCGUUCUCCACUGCUACCACGCGAUCGCAACCGAAUACCGCGAAGCCCCGGACGGCGUGUCCUCCAGACGAUCACACAAUGUCGGUUGCUACCCUCUCAAAAUCACUACCGAAACCGAAGUACACGGGCGAAGAUGAGGAGUUGGGCUCACGAAGCACCCGCGUACUGGGCACAGAAGAGUAUCAGACACAGAUCGUGAAGAGGCAGUCCGGGCCGCCUGCAUAUGGCCAACGAGCGCGAUGGCGGCCCCGGACAGCUGAAGACUAUGGAGAUGGAGGAGCGUUUCCAGAAGUCCACGUCGCUCAAUAUCCUCUCGAUAUGGGAAAGAAGGGCACUGCUAGCACGUCUAAUGCGCUCGCGCUGAGGGUGGACAACGAGGGCAAGACAAAGUACGAUGAGAUUGCCAGGAGGGGCCACAGCGAGUCGCGCAUCGUGCAAGCUUCAUUCAAGGACCUCAUACCUCUGCGCCAGAGGGCAGAUGCAGGCGAGCUCGAUCUUGAUCGGCCGAGUCAAGAGAUGGUUGAAGCCACCAAGAAGAAAACAGAGGAGGCGCUUAACGCACUGAUUGUUGGCCAGACCGCGGCGCAACGCCCAAAGAACGUGCGUGGGAGGACAAAUGACGAGCCCACUUACGUCAAAUAUCAACCUACGGCGCAGAUGGGAGAAGCGCAGGGCAAGACGCGUAUCUUGAAAAUCCAACAGCGGCAGAUUGAUCCCCUGGAGCCACCGAAGUUCAAGCACAAGCGUAUACCCAGGGGGCCGCCAUCUCCACCUCCACCAGUCUUACAUUCUCCGCCGCGCAAGUUGACAGCCGAGGAUCAAGAAAUGUGGAAAAUCCCACCCCCUAUAUCGAACUGGAAGAAUCCGAAAGGAUACACAGUUCCUCUUGAUAAACGGCUUGCUGCCGAUGGGCGAAAUCUACAGGAUGUCACUAUCAACGACAAGUUUGCUCAGUUCGGCGAAGCACUCCAGGCAGCAGAUCGACAUGCCCGCGAAGAAGUCCAGCAGCGCGCAUUAAUGCAGCAGCGGCUCGCCGAAAAGGAAAAGCUCCAGAAAGAGGAAAUGCUCCGCAACCUCGCGCGACAGGCCCGCGAAGAGCGUGCUAACGGCUCCCGCCGCCGUUCCGGCAGCUAUUCUGAGUCCGAAUCCGAUCCCGAAGAAGAGGCCGUCCGGCAGCGUGAGGAGGCCCGCCGAGAACGACGCCAAGAGUUCCAGCGUGAGAUGCGGCAGUCGCGGAUGGGUACAGAGCGGAAGCUGCAGAUGCUGGCCCGCGAACAAAACCGCGACAUCUCCGAGAAGGUUGCCCUGGGUCUUGCCAAGCCUACACAGAGCGGCGAAUCGAUGUACGACUCGCGAUUGUUCAACCAGAGCAGUGGCUUCGACGCGGGAUUCAAUGAGGACCAGCACUACGAUAAGCCCCUUUUCGCGGCCCAGGAUGCCAUUAGUAGCAUUUAUCGACCGAGUGUGCAGCAAGAUGACGGCGAAGACGAGGGAGCGACGUACGAUAGGAUCACCAAGACGAGCAAGUUUGAAGUCCUAGGUAGAGCAAAGGAGGGUUUCAAAGGCGCCGAUCUUCAAGAGGCUCGUGAGGGACCAGUUCAGUUCGAAAAGGCCACAGAGGACCCUUUCAAUAUUGAUCAGAUGAUCAAGGAAGUGCGAGGCGAAAAGGCUGGCGAAAAGGCUGGCGAAAAACGUUACGGCAUCCAGGAGCCGGAGGGGAGAGCUGCGAAGCGGGCGAGGGUCGAAGAUGACAGUGAUUGAAGCUAGUCGGGGAUUACGAAGUCACGAUCUCAUCAACGUGAAGAGUACACAGUAGGAUACCAAACCAUCUGGUAAGCGCAGGUCCCCGCUUGCGCCCCCCACUUGCGCCUGGGCCUUGCCACCCCAUGCGCUUGUGUCUAAGCGCAUACCGUUUGUUCUUUGCGGAUAGGGGAAAGGACGUAUCGCCUGUCUGCUACUUGCACAAGGGCUUUGCCAGCCGCAUGCGCACUGCGGUUUGGAUGGAGGAGUCGCGAAUUGGUCAAUGCCAUCUGGGGCGAUGGUCGGUGGUCAGAGUGUUAAGGCCUAGCUUAUCGUGAUCUAGGUACUACAUCCGUACUUGAGAUACGGUGGAAAAUAGCAAAAUGAAGAGCACUGUU